AUGUCUAGCGAUGAUGAAGAUUUUCCAAGGCAAAACUCCGGCCCUAAUGUGGAGUCUGACGAUGAUGAGGAAUUCGAUGACUGUGAUUCGGGAGCAGGCUCUGAUGAUUUUGAUCUACUAGAAUUAGGUGAAACUGGUGAAGAGUUUUGCCAGGCUGGCGAUCAAACGCGCAGCAUACCCUAUGAACUGUACGAUCUUCCUGGUUUGAAAGAUGUGCUAUCUAUGGAGGUGUGGAAUGAGGUUCUCACCGAGGAGGAAAGAUUCUCUCUUUCCAAGUAUUUGCCUGAUCUUGAUCAUGAGAAUUUUGUGCGCACCCUGAAAGAACUUUUCUCUGGUGAUAACCUGCAUUUUGGGUGUCCUACCGAUAAAUUAUUUGAGAUGUUGAAGGGAGGGUUGUGCGAGCCGAGGGUGGCCUUGUAUAGGCAGGGUUUGAAUUUCUUGCAGAGGAGACGGCAUUACCAUAACUUGCGAAAGCACCAUAAUACCAUGGUGAACAAUCUCUGUCAGAUUAGGGACGCGUGGCUGAACUGCAAGGGUUACAGUAUUGAGGAGAAGCUUCGUGUGUUGAACAUUAUGAGGAGUCAGAAGAGUUUGAUGAACGAGAACAUGGAAGAAGAUGAGAGUGAGUCAUCUGACAGAGAAGAGUCUGGUGAUGCUGUGUGGGACAAAAGGAUGAAUGACCGGAAGCUGGGGAAGAAGGCAGUUCAUUAUUCUGGGUAUGGCAUGGGUCCAGCCUCAGAAGUUUCUUCUCAUGGCCGGAAAACUGCCCUCGAUCCAGGAAAAUACGGAAAACGAAAUCCGAAAGGAACUUUGAAGUUGUCUGGACCAAAAAGCACUUCAGUUAAAGAGUUGGCUGAGCCAUUCUCUUCAAUUCCACCUGGAGUUGAGGCGAAGUCGGGGAGAUAUGGUAUGACGCCCCCCGUUCCUUUGUAUAACAAAGAAUCAACGUAUGAGCAUACUUUAGAGGAGGAUAAUGGGAUUGAAAUGAAGGUUGAUGAGCCUGCAAUUUAUAAAUGGAAAAAACGUAAAGGUGCUAGAGCUGAAGAGGAUAUAGGAAGUUUCAUGGGAGUUUCUAUCUCAGCAAGGAACAAUACACAGGCUAUUACCAGGGAUAAGGGUAUUAAUAAGUUGUCUGACAUCAAGGUGUUGACUGCGAAACCGACUAAUGUGAGAGACAUAUAUGGUGGAGGGAAAAAGGUGAAGUACGCUGAGAAUCUCCAUCAAUAUAAUGUUGAUAAUCGAGUAAAAUUUGGGAAAGAUCAGAAGUCAACCUUGUCCCUAAGAGGAGGAAGUCAAAGGGAUCUUCUAGAUGCAAAUGAUACGACAUGGCUCAGUGGACAAGAAGGGCUGUUCCCCACGAAUUUUUCAAGUAAACUUAGUGCUUCGAAUGCUAAAACUAAGAGGUCAGAUAUCGGUAGAGAAGCUGUUGAUCUGAAUGGAAAUGAUAAUUUGUUUCAUACUGAACACAGAUUAAAUUUUCCACAGGAGAAGUUAAAUACAAGUUCUGUACAUGGAAGGAGAGAUGGAGCAGGUACCAGAGGUAUCAGUAAAUUAUAUAGAAGCGAAGACACGGAAUCCGAUUCAUCAGACCAUCUGGAGAGAGAUAAAGAGGACAAUCCUUUGAUGAGGAGCAAGUGGGCAUGCCCUGGUGGCGUCCGAGAUCUGAAAUUUUUUCCAGACACAAAGAAUUCCCAACUUCUCAAGAGAGGCAAGAAAACCAGUCACACUACUAAUGAUGAUGGAUCAUCGCAUUUUGCUCGUAAGUUGGAGGAUUAUGGAGAAACUCAUGCGAUGAUGCAUUCAGGACAGAAGAGUAAGAUGCAUGAUGUUGGCUUUGUUUUGCCGCCUAAAAAUUUGGAUAGGAAUUAUUUCCCUGGAGUAACUGGUGCAGAUGAUCGGCAACCAUUCUACCAAUUGGAAAGAAAUGGCCAUGCAGAAGACAAUCAUGAGGACGGUCUCCAAAUGCCAUCACUGAAAUCCUCACUGGCCCAAGGGAAAAGGCGAAAAGGUGAUGUUUCCCUUGAUUUGUGUCUACCUCAGUCCAAUUAUAUGCAAAACAAUAAAUUCGACGAUGACUUAUUUUGGGCGCGGCCUCUGGUAGCUGAUAAUGGGGUUCCUAAAAAUUUGGGUAUGAAAGGCCAGACGAUUGACCUUCCUAUUGGCUAUCACCCUGAUACAUCCAAUGUACCAUUGGUGGGUUGUGAAACUCUCUUCAAGAAGAGGAAAGUAAAGAAUGACUUGACACACAUGGACCUACAAGAUAAUAAAGAAUACAUCCAUGCUGAUACUGAGCUGCAACUUGAUAAUAUCAGCUCUUCAAAGAAACGCGGAAAAAACAAGCUUGAAGAUGCUUCCAAUAUUUUGGAGACGAAAGUUUCUGAGCCAGCUGCCAUUGAAAUGGAAAUGGAAGAUGUUGAGGCAGAAACUAAACGACAGAAAAAGUCAUUUCCUAUAAUCACGCCUACCGUUCACACUGGCUUUUCAUUCUCCAUCAUACAUCUUCUUUCAGCUGUUCGUAUGGCUAUGAUCAUUCUUCUUCCGGAAGAUUCGUUAGAGACUGGGAAGCAUCUUGAUAACAAUGGUGCUGAAAAGAGGUGCAAGGAUGAGAAAGGCUUAAACCAGGUAGAUGUUACCGUUGUUAAUACAAAUUCACACAUGGAUGCCAACAAUUCUGAGCCUUCAGCUCAAGUGAACAUCCCCUCGCUCACUGUUCAGGAAAUCGUUAACCGUGUUCGUUCAAACCCCAGCGAUCCCUGCAUUCUUGAAACACAAGAGCCACUUCAGGAUCUGAUCAGAGGUGUUCUGAAAAUAUAUUCAUCCCGAACUGCUCCGUUGGGGGCAAAGGGAUGGAAACCACUCGUUGUCUAUCAGAAGCCUACUAAAAGCUGGUUAUGGACUGGUCCUGUCUCCCAAACCUUGUCCAACUCUGAGGGCAUUGAGGAGGUGACUUCACCGGAUGCAUGGGGCCUUCCUCACAAAAUGCUCGUCAAAUUGGUUGACUCGUUUGCAAACUGGCUGAAAAACAGCCAGGAAACUCUUCAGCAGAUCGGAACCCUUCCCGAUCCGCCGCAGACACUCAUGCAAAUCAAUCUGGACGAGAAGGAGAGGUUUAAGGACCUGAGAGCCCAGAAGAGUCUCAACACCAUAGGCUCGAGCUCCGAGGAAGUCAAAGCCUACUUCCGGAAAGAGGAAGUCCUUCGCUACCUAAUACCUGACCGUGCUUUCUCGUACACAGCUGUCGACGGCAAGAAAUCAAUAGUCGCCCCCCUAAGGAGGUGCGGCGGCAAGCCCACGUCAAAAGCCCGUGACCAUUUCAUGCUGAAGCGCGACCGGCCACCACAUGUCACGAUCCUAUGCCUUGUGCGGGAUGCAGCUUCCCGAUUGCCCGGGAGCAUUGGCACAAGGGCAGAUGUGUGCACAUUGAUUCGGGACUCACAGUACAUUGUGGAGGAUGUAUCUGAUGCCCAGGUCAAUCAAGUGGUCAGUGGCGCAUUGGACCGCUUGCAUUACGAGCGGGACCCAUGCGUCCAGUUUGACGGUGAAAGAAAACUGUGGGUUUACUUGCAUAGGGACAGGGAGGAGGAGGAUUUUGAGGAUGACGGGACCUCGUCCACCAAGAAAUGGAGACGGCAGAAGAAAGAGGUGUCCGAGACGGGGGAUGUUACUGUUGCUUCGUACCCUGGGGGAGGUCAGGGGGAAUCGGGGUUCGAUUUGGUUUCAGAUCUCAAUGUUGAGGCUCUGUCUGGGGGCGAUGAUAAGAGAUCGGAUCAUGAUUGCCACAAUGGUGAUCACGUGGAAGAUGCCGGGCCCAGCCCUGUCAUGUGGAACGGUCUCGGAUUGAAGUCAGUCGCGGAGGAGGAUAAGUUGCUCUGCCAAGAAAACUCUGCGAAUGAGGAUUUCGACGAGGACACAUAUGGUGGGGAGCCUCCUGCUUGA